CAUGCAGGACCAAGCGUAGCCAGCUAGGAGACGAAUCCAUGCAGAACAAGAAGAAGCAGGACUCAGGAGGAUGUCCACAGAGGAAGAAACACAAGCAAGCGUCAAAGCCAGCGUGAGACGGGAGUCCAGGAGGAAAGGUCAGAACCGGAGCGAGCAGGCUCUGAUAAAGCGCUUCCGAGGUGAUGGGGUGCGCUACAAAGCCAAGCUGAUUGGGAUCGAUGAUGUGUCUGCGGCACGUGGAGAUAAACUCUGCCAGGACUCCAUGAUGAAGCUGAAGGGUAUCGCUGCUUCAGCUCGAUCCAAAGGAGAGCACAAGCAGCGCGUUUUCUUAACCGUCUCCUUCAACGGUAUUAAGAUCUACGACGAGAGAUCCGGGGUAUUACAGCAUCACCAUUCCGUGCAUGAAAUCUCCUACAUUGCUAAAGACACCAGAGACCACCGUGCCUUCGGAUAUGUCUGCGGGAAAGAGGGAAACCACAAGUUCGUGGCCAUCAAGACAGUCCAUUCAGCAGAGCCUUUGAUUCUGGAGCUGCGUGACCUCUUUACACUCAUCUAUGAUCUGAAGCAGAGGGAUGAAGGGGAGAAGAAGGCACAAAAAGCAAAGCACUGUGAGCAGGGUGUUUAUCAGACGAUUCUAGAGGACGACACUGAUGACCCAGUGUAUCAGUACAUUGUGUUUGAAGCUGGACACGAGCCACUCCAUGGCCCCCAAUCAGAGGAGAGCGUUUACCAGGUCCCAACGAGCCAGCAGAAAGAAGGGGUCUAUGAUGUUCCAAAACGCCAUUUUAUGACUAACAUCAGUCAGUUUGAACUGUUCGGUGACAUGGCCACACCUCCAGACAUUGUCUCUAUGCCCGCAUCACCCGCUAAUACCCUGGAUCCUGCGCGACGACGACAUCAGCGGCACCCUGAGCUCUUCACACACUUCAGCCCCCCUGCCGUGCCUUCAGGCUACAUGACGAUGGGUGCGGUGCAAGCGGCUCACUGGGCUCAGCAGUCCUUCGCAGCACCGGCAGCUCCACUGGCGUUUGGUGUUCAGGCUCCUCUGCAGGUUGCUCAGGUUCUUCCUGGAGGGCAGCCAGUGAUCUGGGGCCAGGCCAAUCUUUUCCACUCUCCCGGCCCAGGACAACAACAGUGGGCCUUCGUACCAGCCAGCGCCUUAUUCCAAGGCCUGGUUCCUUUAGCGGCCGUGCGUCCUCGCAUGUCUACACCAUCCGCACCAUCCUCAACCAUCACCAGCCCUCAGCAUGCAGCUGAAUUCAGAGACGCCCCAAGCAGUAACCCUCUAGCAGAGGCGCCAGGCUCUCACGUACCGCCUGCUGACACUAGCGACCCACACCCGGAGAUCGGAGGAGCCACACAGUCUGGUGAGAAGCAGGAAACAGAGGUCUGUAGUGGAGAUCUUGAUCUUUCCCACCUGAGUUUGACGCCAGGCUCAUCAUCUUCACCAUCGCCAUCUGCUGCAGAGUCUCCUGCUACACCUGCUUCUCUGGAGGGAGACAUGACCUUGACCUCAGACCCCCCUAAAGAUCUCUCUGUCAUGAGAACAGAGGACAAUGAGAGCCAUGUUAAAGAGCCUUCUCCCACAGAAGGAGCAGAGCAGAGCAUCAGCCAAGCGGUGGCAGAGGAAUUGUGUUCCAGCUCCCACAUCCCCAGCAGCUGUGAGACGACGGAACUGAACCCGACUCCAAACCAACCGGAUGACAGUGUCUGGCAUUCUGCUCUCUCAGAUAAGAGGAAGAUUAGUCCUGUUAUUCUGUUUGAUUUUGUCUUUCCUCUCGUACCUUCUCCAUUAACGACAAUGUUUUUUCUUGCUACAACACAACACAGUGUCGGCACUGCAGCACUUCAGGCUUUAGUCCUGUGUGCAGUGGUUGUAGUGUGCAGAUCCCAGUCACGAGCUCCACUCAACCCUGUGGACUGCUCCCUGUCUGAGUGGUCACAAUGGACCCGCUGUGACCCCUGCCUGAAAAAGAGGUUCCGCUAUGCCAAAGUGCUGCAGCCAUCUCAGUUUGGGGGAGAGCCAUGUCACGAGCUCGGCCUUGAUGAAGAGCCAUGUACACCGCCCUCGCGCUACUCAUGCCGCACUUCUGUGCCACUUUGCCAGGGAUUCCAGUGUCCCGCCACAGGUCGCUGUAUACCAGAGGGGCUGCGCUGUAAUGGGGAUGAUGACUGUGGUGACGGAUCUGAUGAGCUCAACUGUAAAAAAGUGUUCAAAUCCUGCAACCAGCCAACUGAAGAGUUUUAUGGCAUCGAGAACCUCGCCAAAGGGAUCAAUGCCCUGAACAGUAAAUUGGAGGGUUUUGUGCUGGAUAAUCGCUACUAUGCUGGUGGCUGUUUGCCCUAUUUUAACCAGGAUGUGCGCUUCAGGAAACCAUACAACGUCCAGCAAUACACUUUUGAGACAAAAGGUUCCUCCGAUUUCAAGCUCGAAUCUUACGAAUCGUACCAAGACUACUCGGAGUACAGGUUGAGGGCCACCAUGUCCAGGACCACCGUCUCCUUUUCCUUUGGUAUACCUGGACUCUUUGAGAUCGGAUAUAACUAUGAUGAAAGCAAGUACAAGAAAUCUGUGCAGAAGCUACGCAAUUAUGCUGGGAAGACAAACAGUUUCAUUCACGCGCACUCCCAGCUUGAGCUAGCACGCUACACCCUUAAGGUGGACAACCUGGUGCUCCACUCAGAGUUCUUGACACGCCUGCGAGCUCUCCCACUUCAGUACACAUAUGGCGAGUACCAACAGCUGUUCAGCGACUACGGCACACACUACAUCACAGAGGCCGUGCUCGGGGGAGACUUUGACUACACCCUCAUCCUCAACAAGGAGAAUUUGGAGAAAUCUGGGUACACGCUAGACGAUGCCAAACGGUGUUUGCAGGUGGGCAUUAGACUUGGAUUCAACAUCAUGGGUGUGUACGUGUCAGGAGGGUUAUCAGGCGGACGCUGCAAAGGCCUGCUGACAGAGUUUGGAAACACUACGAGUCAGUUCUCAAUGGUGGAGGAUUACGUGGCCGUGGUCAGAGGAGGAGACAGUGAGACGGUCGCACGUCUGGCCUCCAAGCAGCUCCCAACACCGGACAUUAUGCAGCUGUGGGGGGAAGCCGUCCACUACAACCCUGAUGUCAUCAGCAUAAAGUUGGCACCGCUGUAUGAACUAGUGACUGGAAAGGAUUUCACCAAUGCCAACUUUCUGAAGAAGAACCUGAGACGUGCACUCAACGAGUUCCUGAGUGAGACUGACUCGUGCCGCUGUUCCCCCUGCCUCAACAACGGCGUGGCUGUGCUGAAAGGUACUCGGUGUGACUGUAUCUGUCCUAAUGGCUUCAGUGGGCUGAGUUGUGAAAAGACAAAAAGAUCAGGAAUGCCAGUGGACGGAAACUGGAGCUGCUGGUCCGAAUGGGCCGCCUGUAAUGGUCAGACCAAAAAGCGGACUCGUCAAUGCACCAAUCCAGCACCACAAAAUGGCGGAAGUUCCUGUCAGGGUUCACACGAAGACUCCACUGACUGCUUUUAA